AUGACUCGAUGGUACGAAAUGUAUUUUGAUGUCAUUCGUGGUGGCCAGUUCAUGUGGGAGAUCGAUAGAAUGCACAAAAAGUACGGGCCAAUUGUCCGGAUUAAUCCCUUUGAACUUCAUGUUAAAGAUCCCAUUUACUACAACACCAUUUACACUGGGCCAACUAUGAAACGGAACAAAUAUACCUGGUUUCUCUCCGCUGGCGCUCCAAACUCAGUAUUCGCAACGGCGGGCUACAGCCACCAUCGAUUAAGACGGGGGAUGCUCAGCCCAUAUCUGUCCAAACAGGCAAUUCGAACCCUUGAGCCCGUUAUUCAAGAAAAGGUCAACCUGCUUUGCAGGCAUAUGAGAGAAGCUUUGAAGAAGGAUGAGUCGUUAGAGCUCCACCAAUGCUUUAUAUCCCUUGCAGUGGAUAUCGUUUCCCAACACGCAUUUGGCAAGUCGAGCUGUUUUAACGUGCUGCAUGAAAAGGACCUGGACGAUAAAUGGAAAGAUGGGAUUACAGGGGCCUUUGCAAAGUUCAUCCUUGCCAGACACUUCCCCAUUCUGAUCCAUGCUUUUCGCAUUAUCCCCGUUUGCAUAACCGAGCUUGUGGUACCAUCUACUCGGGAUAUAAGUUUUCUAGAAAGCACGGUAAAAAAACGUUUCAAGCACGUUUAUGAAAAAAACCGGCAGAAAAUCAAAGAGCCAUGCGUAUUUGCUGAGAUCAUACAUAAUGAAAAGCAUCCAGCUGCGGAGCGUACGCUUAAGAGGCUAACAGAUGAUGCCUUGUUCCUUAUGGUAGCUGGAACGGAUGCUCCCUCACAGGCUCUAGCCAUCACAUUAUACCAUAUCCUGAACAAUCGGAAAGUACACGAGAAACUACGGGAGGAGCUCGUGCACGCUAUUCCAGACGCACAAUCUGACCCUUCUUUAGCUAUGCUUGAGAAUCUUCCUUACCUGGCUGCCGUUAUCAAAGAGGGCCUUCGCAUAUCAGCACUUGUCACAUCUCGGCUUCCACGAAUUAGUCCAGACAAAAUCCUGGAGUACGGUGGUUGGAAGAUACCAGCAGGAACGCCGAUUAGCAUGUCAAUAUAUCUGACAUUGAGAGACCCGUCUGUUUUCCCAGAGCCAUUGGUAUUUACUCCUGAGCGAUGGAUGCAACAGGGGGACAAACGAUCGGAGAUGGAUGAGUGCUAUGUGCCUUUCUCGAGGGGUAGCCAAGGGUGUUUGGGUCCAAAUAUGGCGUACUCCUGGUGCUACAUCGGGCUGGCCACUGUUAUCCGGCGAUUCGAGCUUUCGCUGUUUGAGACAACGGAGGAAAAUGUGACUAUCGUCCGUGACUGUUUCAACGCGCAGACAAAACCGGGGUAUAAUAACAUCCGGGUGAAAGUGCAAAAAGACUUAACAUCGUGA